UGCAGGUCACACCUACACGUACGUCGACAGCAGCGGAAGGUACGGGUGCAAAGUGAGAGCGCAGGACAAUGUCAGACCCAUCAUACAGCUCCCGGACAUAAGCGAGAUAAACAUGAUGGACACGAUACUGCCAAACUACGACGUCCUCAAGAAAGCAAGCUACCUCGGCAUUCAAAGUGUCCGUGGAAUGCCCGUGCACACCUACGAGUUGGUAACGGAUCCGAUGCCAGUGGGAGGUGCUCACCUGACGCACGCUGUGCUGAUUUACAGCUUCCUUGCGGAACGCGCAGUGAUGGACACGUCGGUCAACCAAAAGAACCUGCCGGUCCGAGUGGCCAUGUACGCUUAUGUUAGCAAGAAGACUGAGCCGUACUUCUACUUCUUCGCAAACAUCCACGACAUCACGACGGAGAUGAUGGACCUGAACAAGAAGCUGAACGUGAAGAACUGCUACCAGGAGAACGAAUCUGAAUUCACCUGGGUUCAGCUCGGCUUCCCAGUAUCGAAGCACAUGGUCCUACUGAUGAUAAACCGCGCCAACAUCAAGCGCAGAUUCAUGGCCGAGCUGCAACGUGUCACGAAACUCUCACCUCUCCGAACCCCUGACGUAAUGAUUGACUUCACCGAAAACAUGGUCUACAUCACGGUGCUCAUCUUGGGACAUCCUGCUAUUUCAGCUGACUACAAGGAGAUCCAGAACAAGAAAAUCAUGGAACCGGAUUGGUCCGAGGGUGUCAUCACGCAGGGCGACUGCCUCAAAACGUGUUCUUCAAACCAAUAUAAGGACUGCAGCGCGGUAUCUUACUGCGGAUCGUUCUGCUCCACAACGACGAAAAAGGAUGUGGAGUCGGCCGGUGUUCUUGAGAACUCCGUGGAAUGCAACACUUUCGUGAAGACGGAGCGCUCUCGGAAAAGGAACAUCGUCCUGACCCGGGAUGCCAUCGGGGCCCUCGAAGACGCCUUGUUAAACAGCGAGUUCAAGUUUAUCGUGCAGCACCUCGGAUCUCGUGUAGCGGUUGCCACACUUGUUGCCGAAACCAUCGAGUACUCCACUGGGGGACUCCGUGACGUCAUCGGAGAGAAAGAUCCGGACCUCAGGCAUUUCCAUCAGCAAGGCCUGUACCUGCCGAAGGAUUUCAGCGAGUACGGCGUGGGCGCGCGACUGAAGACGAGCGCGUCCUACGGCAUGCACGUGGGCUCGUUCGCCGCGCAGGACUGCGCCGACAUCUGUCGCGACCGCGAGGACUGCUUCGCCUUCUCGACGUGUCUGGCCAGCAAGCAGUGCGUCAUCAGCACCGAGGCUAGAAGGCCCACGUAUCAGGACACGGAGGUCCAGUCAGACUGCACCGUGUUCACUAAGAGCUUCCAGAGCAGUUUUGAAGAACUGCCGGGCAUCUGCUACUCGUUCACGGCGCGCAAGUACGCGAACGUGAGCCAGCCGGCCGAGUGCGCCGCCAUGUGCCUGAACGAGAAGGAGUUCGUCUGCAAGGCGUUCGACUUCUGCACGAGGUCGCGCAAGGGCAAGCCCGUCUGCCGCCUGCAGGACAAGCACAUCCUCGAGGUCAGCGACCCGGCCGACCUCGACCGAAGCGACGCCGAGAAGUGCAGCCAUUACACACGCAAACACAUCAGCGACUACCGCAAGGACCGCAUGGUCCGCCUGCUGGGCACCCCGCGCACGGUGAUCAAGAAGGUGUCCGAGGCCGAGUGCGCGCGCCAGUGCUGGGAAGCGAGCUUCCCCUGCGACAGGUUCGACCACUGCACCGGCAAGCGGGAGCUGGGAAAGGGCGACUGCCUGCUGUACGACGGCGACAAGGGACCGUACGGGACCGUCAUGUCACCCAUCUGCAACUCCUACAGAUACACGGGAAACUACGAUCGUCCAGUAGCAAAAGCACCCUCGGCACUACACAGCAAUGCAAAGGCCACCGGCCUGUCCUUCUUCAUGAUAUUCCUGGGCGCAGGCGGCGCAGUCGCCGCGCUCUUCGCCUACGGCUUCUACAAGACCAGGCAAGCCCGAAGAGGAUGAGGAUUACGAAUAAUAAAGUAUUUAUAG